AAAAACAAAAACACCUUAGCCUGUCUUGAACCCUUCUUUUUAUCAAAGUCUUUAGUGCUUCUACAGCUUCCUCCUUCCAGAGACCAGUGCUAGGCUUCUAUCCUCAGUCUCUUUCUUAUCCACAGCCUCUCUGGGAAAUGUCAUCCAUUCUCAUAGCUUCAUUUUUUCACUUCUAACUUCUUGGUCCUUACAAAACCUGAUACACCAUGGCUCCUCCCCUGCCCAAUGAGAGAAGUCCAAACUCUUGAAUGUAGCAUCAUUUCUUCUAACUGUACUGUAAGAGCAUGUUAUGAGCACAUUUCUAUAUUCCCAUUGCCCAGCCAGGUGAAACUGGGUGUGCCCUCAAUUAAAGUUUUGUGGGAGGGAGGGAUUCUUUGAAUUAGCCAAAGUACUUUGAGUUUCCUUUCUCAACACCUCUUUCCCCUCCAUUUCCUAGAACUCCUGCCCUGUCCCACUCAUCAUCCUCCACAGAAUUCUGAUCUGUAUCUGCUUACAUUUUGUCCUCAUUCUAGAGCAAGAGUAUACAAACUCCUUUCCUGCUUAUCCCAUCUCUCUGUCCCAACCCAAUCCCAGCAUCUCUACAUUGGCAGAAAGCUCCCACGGUGUGGAAAUCAUUAUCAUCAUCCUAAUACAAAAUCUUGGCUAGGUGUUAAAUCUAUGAAAUUUGCUGAUGACUUAUAGCAGAAUUCUGUUCUAGCUUUAUACCACUUUACACUUGACAUAUAAUGGGAAGGCAUUAAUCAUGGAGGUCUGUCUUCCCACACCACUCCUCAAGAGACUCAAUUUCUGUUUUGUCUCAUACUCAAUUCACUUCCUUGAAUGUAAGCAGGCAUUCAGGAAAGAGCAGUCAGUAAGAAUGCCUUCAAGCUUACAAUUUAGUAGGGGAGAUAAGAUGUACAUAAUUCUAAAGUGUAUGGUAAAUUAUAAUAAAUUCAGACAGUGUCUUAUGCCUCUUAUGGCCUGUAAGGACAACAAAUACUGUACUGAAAGGCAACGAUCUGGGUCAGAGAUUUUCAAGGUGACAAAUAUGCACACAAAUUCUUGACCUUUUUUCUUUCACUAAACUCAGUAUUCCUGUUCCAGUUAUUAUGCCCCUCUGUAAUGACUCCCACAGGAAACAAAAAUCCACACACACCCCCACAUUUUAUCUCCACUGAGUUCUUUCCUCCAUAGUUACAGGGAAAAAAGUUAUCUGAUCCAGACCUCUUUCAUAUGACAGUUUGUCAAAUUUUGUGUACAGUCAUGAACACGUUUCUCCUUUGCAGGUUAAAUAUACCCAGACCCUUCAAUUAUGUAAUUUAUCACUAUCCUAGUCACUCCUCCAGAACUGGCCAACUGUAUCACAUGUCAUCAGUGCUGAAAAAUGAGUCCAGAAAUGUCCUAAUUAAUCCCUUUUCAGGCCUGAAAGUCUUAUUCUCAACUAGUACUCUUCUGCAUAACUACCUUACCUGCAUAUGGCACUUGACAGCAAGCACGUUUUUUCUUUCCUACUCUCCCACCUCUAUCCCUUCCUGGUUCAGGCCCUCAUCACCCCAGGCCUGUGUCCUGUGUCCAUUUUUUUGCUUCCCUACCUGCUGGUGCAAUCCCUGGACUCCUUACACAGCACUGUCACAUGUGAAUCAGCGAACACUCCAUUGAGCUGUGCAUCACUCAUUGUGAUGUGCAGUGCCUAUGCUUCAGAGCAUCAAUUAUGAGCAAGACAAGGCCUUUAACUACAGAGGUGACGGCCAUCAUCUGACUAUACCAACGUGUAGAGAGGGUUGCAUUGUAGCAUGGGUGCACACCCAAGACCGAGGGUGGAAAACAGCAUUCCAGCAUAGGUUAAUGGAGACGGCAUUUGACUAAACUUUUAAGAAUGGUUGGAAUUAAAAGCAGGAGAGCAUUCCAGGCUGAACCAAGAGGUGGGGCCUGAGGAGUCACAUGUACAGUGGUUUACUGGGCUCCUGAGCAGAGCAGAGGGAUGGAAACUCUGGAUGUGCAGGAGGAGCAGUACAAAGUGUUCUCGAAAGGAACAUUAGGGCAGGUAAAGAAUGACCCUGAGUGCCAUCCUCAAGAGUCUCUUCUGGAUAAUCCUUGAAGAAGGGGCUGUUGGGCUCCCAGUUGCAUUUCCAUCUCUCAGUGGAAGACACUGCAGUCUCAACAUUUGGACAAGAAGCCCCGCCUAGCAGCUCUUAUAGAGGAGGCUGGGAAGCAGACCGGAGGCUGAAAAGCAGUUUGGGGAAAGUGUCCCCAAACCUGGCAGUGCGCCUCUGGGCGAGUCGCCAAUUCGCGGGAACCUCCAGGGCCGAGCUGCGGGGAGGAUCGCACUGUUUCCAUAGUGUGGCCUCACUAUAGACAGUCACUGACUUCUACUGGGACGAUUUGGGAGGGUGGCCCCCGCGGUCCGUCCACAGCAGGAACCCGUUGGCCGGGAGGCAGCUGCGGGAAUCCCGUGCGCGUCCCCGCGGGCGUGCGCGAGCAGCUGGAGGAGCGGACUGGGCAUGUGGAACUCCGCCACAGCAGGCUGAGACCGUGCGCAGCGCCCUUUCCUCGGAUUGGGCGGAAUCAUGCCCGGAGAAGGCAGAGACUGGUUAACCCUGGGAAGAGGGCGGAGCCUUGUCAGGGAGGGAGGCGGGACUUGGCUGCCAGUGGUAGCCCUGCCCCCUUGCGGCGUCUCGGGCGCGGGCUGGCAACGGUGAGCAGUCCGGGGAGAGUUUAGGCCUCCUAGUCAUCCCAGCAACCGGUGACGCGGCCCUCAUGAGGCCCACCACUGGCCAGCCGGGGAAAGCGGGGCCAGAACGUGACUCCCUACCCUGAGGAGACUCCCAGCUCCCCACUCGGCGGCCGCGCGCUCCGCCAGCCCCUUCCUCCCUUCAACGCCCUAGUCCCGAAGUCCGGGAGGCGGGGGUCAGCGAGCCAGCCGAGUGGGAACUGCGCGGUGUACAAGGAGCCUGUCGGCGACCGGUGAGGGGACUGGGGCUGGGAGGGCAGGGUUGGCACGGGGCAGUGAUCCCCAGAUAUCGCCCGUCUUCUCCCCUCGGCUCCCGGCGACUAGCGUCUGCGGCAGAGGCGAGCGCGGCUCGGCUACGAGUGACGCUGCGGCGGGGCGGGACGAGCGAUUGGCCAGUUCCCGCUCGCCAACGCCGGCGGCCUGCUCCUCCCAGGCCUUGCCCUCUGCCUAUCCUCCCCCGUCUUCCCCUGCUGACCUUCGGGGCCGGCGGCCCCACGACGCAGACAUCGCCGGGCUAAGACGGACUAAAAGGGUAGUGUCGCCCACCAGGCCCCGUCGGCGUUAAUCGUCUCCGACUCCUCGCUAGGUUUUCGAUGGGCUGGCGCCGCGGGCGAGGAGCUGGGGUAGGACUGUGGGUAGGAAGUUUCGCCCUUGGAGAAUCUGCCUAGCGACUGGUGAUGAAAGGUGACUGAGGCGCCCGGAUUGGCUGCCUUGCGACUUACUCAGGUGUGGCCUUCCGCUUCCGGUGGAUACUUGCGCGCCCUUUCCGUCAGGACUAGGUAACAACCCUUAAGCUAAGUGACCCGACUCCCUGAUUUCCUCUGAAAGCUCCCGGGGUGUGUCGUGGAGCUACAGUACAGAAUGCCCACACUGUUCUAACCAUGUGAAGCAGGGUUCUUUGGGGGUCAGGGAAGGACUUACAAAACUUGCAGAACGUUCAGAAUCCUUGAAGUAGAGCAAGGAGUCAGCCCCCGUGCUCGGGAUCCUCUUCAGAGGAGCUGUCCUGAAGAGGGUAAGACCUAAAAACGCAGCCACCACAGUUCUCAGACUUACACAUACCUCAACCGUCUUUUCAUAUGAAAUGUUGUGAUCGCUUCCUUUACUGAGUUCUCCCAGACAGGAGUGUCUGACACCUGUCGUCCCCUGUCCAAGGUUACACAGCUAAUAAUGGAAGAAGCAGAAUUUGGACACUUGCCUACGCAUGUUACAGUUCCAUUUCAGUAAACCAAAGCAGAGCAUUUGCAGCAUAUGCGGUAUAUAGGGCUAUGGAGGAUAAGCUGACUGGUGAGAGGCCUCCUCCUCCAGUACCCUGCCAUUGGGAAGAACUGUAUUCCAGAUGAACACAUCAUGUUUAAAAAGCACUGGAUGCCCAACUUCUUGCUAGGCCCAGGUAAGUUGCAAAACACCAUGUAUCAUCCCUUCCCACAUCCCGGUUCUGAGAUGCUCUGUCCCCCUUUGGGUUGCAGUUUUGCCCAUGUGUCAGAGGAAGUAAAGAAUAGACUAUCCUAUUACGUGUGUUCUCUCCCUGCCAAGAUCCCAAUCUUCUCCACGGUUUCCAGUUCACAGGAAAAUCUGUGUGAAGGCAAAACAUCCAAAACAGCGUACUUGGAUCAUGAUCAGGCUAGGGCACUUGGGAUGGAAACCAGCUGUAAUUCCUAUUUCUAGCAGUUCCUUAAACAUGCCAGACUGAAUCUGAAGCUGAAAUGGGGCACUUCUUUUGAAGUACUGGACCUUGUUUCUGUUAGGUCAGGAGUGGCUAUUUUGGUUCUCUAGAUUCCACACUCCAUCCUUACUUAGAAAAGGGGCUGAAACCUUCCUGGAAUGGAUGGGACUACUAUUCCCUGUUACUUUCCUUGAUUACUCAGAAUAAAGCCAAGUAAGGGGACGGGGCUGUGGGGUGUGAAGGUGCUCAGCAGAGCUUCUCUUAGGAGGGGUUAUUGGAGCAGAGCCCUGAAUAAAGAGGCGAAGGGACUUUACAGCUGGAACUAUAAAUGGGAAGGCCCCAAAGUAGGCAAUUAAUUUAAAUAAUACAUUUCAUUUAGCCCAAUAUAUCCAAAAUAUUAUUUCAAUAUAUAGUCAACAUUAAACAUUGAGAUAUUUUGCAUUCUUUUUUUCAUACUAAAUCUUUGAAAUUAGGAGUGUAUUUGACCCUUACAGCCUAUCUCAAUUUGGACCAGCCAGUCACAUUUCCAGCGCUCAGUCCCAUAUGGCUCAUGGCUACUGUAGUGCACAGCACAUCUGGGGACAGCCCUCAGCCCCACUCCUGCACCAGCUUUACCCGGCUGUGGCUUCAAGAUGGAGGAAUUGCAAGAUGAUCACUUGUCUCUUCAUCCUGCCCCAGAAGUAUUGACCUGGCGGAACAGAUAGCCAGGAAAGAAAAUCUUUGUACUAACUGAAGGACACAACUCAGAAGAAAAAGAACUAAGCUGCUCUCGUAGUAGAUUGUUAGUUAAUGUACUAAAUGCUGGUUAAUUACCACACUCUUGAUCUGUAAUAUGUUAGAUAUGGUUAGAUGGGAAAUGAAAUACCUGCAAUAUCUAUAUAGAAACAAAAAUAAAGUGAUAUAUGAAACUCCGUUUAUUUUUAAUCAAUUGUGAAUGUUAAUUUUUUUGUUAGCUUAUCUUACUUAGUACCUGUUUUCAGUUACAUAUAUAAUAUUUGUACAUAUUUGUACUUAUAACUAUUUAAUAUAAAUGCUUGAUAAGUACUAAAAUAUUUUAAGUAUUAAACGAUUAGGACUUUUCACCAACUCACAUGUUAUUAUCUCCUUCCCUCUUUCUAAACCCUCCUGUACUUAUUUUUUUUUCCUCCUGUACUUACUUUUUUACUUAAAAUGAAUUUGGUGGUAUAACAACUUAUAAAACUCUCAGUCAGAAAAAAAAAAGAAAUUCUCAAUUGGGAAACUGGUUAGGAUAGUCUAGAAAUCUUUUUUUUUUUUUUUUUGUACAAUAAUAAUAUUUUUUUUCUUUCAGAUUUCCUCCCAAGCAUAGACCCUUUUGCUUCCAGGGCAAACUCCAGCAUGGGGUGAGGUACAGAAGAAAGACUUCAGGGGUGUACUCUGGCACUCAGUUACCAAACCUGCCCCCUAGAUCAGGGGUACAGAACAUUCUGCUCCAAAGGCAUGAGAAGAGAACAUCAUAUAUUGGCCACUCCUGCCCAAUGUGGAGGGGAGCAGAAACUCCAGAGCCCAUCCCUGAAGGGUGAAGGGUGAACCUGGCUGCAGUCCACCCUAGAAAAAGCUGCAGAGCCUGCCCACAAAAGAAGGAAGCUGACAUCUGCAGGCCAGUUUUCCAGGCCUCCCCUUCUUCCCUCUGCUACUCCCUUUGUAGGCCUUCAGGAAACUGAAAAUAACACGCAGUUUGAGGCGGUGGACCCCGGCGUGGGAGUGGCACACAUCCCUGCCAGCCUGGCCCCCAGCCUGCGUCCCGAGGGCACCCCAGCCUAGCUCUCACCAUGUUCGCUGCAUCAGAGGCGGCGGUGGUGGCCGCGGCGGCAGCAGGAAGGCCUUACGUGUGCGGCGAGUGUGGCAAGAGCUUCAGCUACAGUUCGGUGCUGCUGCGCCACGAGCGUGCCCAUGGCGGCGAUAGCCGCUACCGCUGCCUCGACUGCGGGGAGCGCUAUGCACUGGCUGCUGACCUCCGUGCACACCGACGCGCGCAUUCUGGCCAGACGCUCUACAUCUGCAAUGAGUGCGGCCAGAGCUUCCGUCAUAAUGGCCGCCUGGACCUGCACCAGAGCACACACAGACAGCGCGGCCGCUCCUGCCCGUGCCGCGCGUGCGGCCGCAGCUUUCCGCACCUCUCAGCUCUGCUGCUGCACCGGCGCCGCCGGCACCCCCCCGAGCGGCCCUGCCGCUGCCCCCUGUGUGCGCGCGCCUUCCGUCAGAGUGCGCUCCGCUUCCACCAGGCGCGGGCACACCCGUGGGGUACACCAAUCGCGCCUCUCGACCCCCUCCACCGCUGCGCACAGUGCCCACGGGCCUUCCGCAGCUCUGCAGGGCUGCGGAGCCACGCUCGCGUCCACGCGAGCCAGCGUCCGGCUCCUGAGCCGCACGCGCUGGGUGCGCACCAGUGCAGCGUGUGCGGGAAGAGCUUCGGCAAGAGCUCCACGCUAACACGACACCUGCAGAUGCACUCGGGUGAGAAGCCCUUCAAGUGCCCGGAGUGUGGGAAGGGAUUCGUGGAGAGCGCCACGCUGGUGCGCCACCAGCGAACGCACACGGGGGAGAAGCCAUACGCGUGCGGGGACUGCGGGCGCCGCUUUAGCGAAAGUUCCACCCUGUUGCGCCAUAGGCGCAGCCAUCAGGGGGAGCGGCCGCACGCAUGCGCCACGUGCGGCAAGGGCUUUGGGCAGCGCUCAGACCUGGUGGUGCACGAGCGCAUCCACACUGGUGAGAGGCCCUUCCCGUGCACCGAGUGCGGCCGCCGCUUCAGUGACCGCUCUGACCUCACCAAGCACCGGCGCACGCACACCGGCGAGAAGCCCUACCGCUGUGAGCUGUGCGGCAAACGCUUCACAUGCGUCUCCAACCUUAACGUGCACCGGCGCAACCAUGCCGGCCAUAAGCCCCACAAGUGCCCCGAGUGCGGCAAGGCCUUCAGCGUGGCCUCCAAGCUGGCGCUGCACCGCAAGACUCACCUGGGCGAGCGGCCGGCACAGUGCGCCGAGUGCGGCAAGUGUUUCAGCCACAGCCGCUCGCUCUCCCAGCACCAGCGGGCGCACACGCGCGCUCGAGCCGCCGCCGCUGCCGCCCAAGCCACCGCAGGAGCUGCACUCAUCCUUGCUGGGCGAGCAGAACAGGAAAAGCCGGACUUCUUGUGUCCCAGCUGAGGGACACUUGCUGAGAAGCUUUGCUAUAGUAGACUGGGCACGUAUGGAUGCACUGCCACAGGGAGGUCUGUGUAAAGACAGCACGGCCGGCUGUCGCCUUUCCCCAUCUUCCAUGGUAGCCCUUCACCUGGACUGGGUCCAGGCCCCUACAUUUACUUCCCUGGUCAGCUUUUCCUGUCCUCCAUCCUUCCUGUCCUUCCCCUGGGGUGUAGGGAAGCAGGAAAACUUCCUAGACAGGAAAGAGAGCCCAGGUAUGGGUAUAUUCCCACUGCUGCUGUUGUGCCCCCCAAGGUUUUUCUGCUUUCCGACCUGGGUUCGAACUUCUCUUGUCCCAUCCCCUUUUCCACCCCGAGUCUCCUCUAGCUCUCCUUCCCGUGUUCGUUUGUUGUCCUGCCUCUUCAGAUAAUGAUCACAGAUGUGGCCACAGGGACAACCCACCCACCUUGUGGUCUUCUUGACUCUUGGUUCUACUUGAGCCUCUGCUGCUUUCUCCCUAGGCUCAGAGAUGGGAAAUUUGUAGGCAGAGAGAUGAUGGGACAGCACAUUUCAGUGAAAGACAUCAUGCCAGAAGCCACCAGCCUGCUUCCUAGCAGAGAAGGCCCACCACAGUGAAGCUGGGUGAGAGCCCUCAGCAAAGCAGCCAUCAGUCCCAUGGAGCACACCUGAUGGUAUCCAUAUCAAAGUGCCUCUCAGGGCAAUAUUCUCCAGCUAGGUUGGGGGACAUUAACUUUCAGACCUAGACCGAGACCCUGUGGGGUCUAUAAAGCAGAGUACUGCCAAGGGGAGCAUCAGAAUACUAUUUCCAAAUCAAGCCUGGAGCCAUGGGCAAAUGGAGCUCCACAGAGUCAAUAGUGCAGGGCAGAAAAUCUGGAAUUGGCCGGUGGUUGUUUUGCUUACGACUGGUGAAAUAAAGCUUGGUGUUUGGGAGGGUUCCAGAAA